AGUUCAAAAAUUCCUUUAUUUACGUCGUCGUGUUAUCGUCGCGAAUUUUUGUCCAAAAAAUAAAGAAAUCAAAAUAUUAAUAAGUUCCUCGAGAUAAUUUCAAAAUAUGGCUGAAGAAAUCGAUGAAAAUGGUUUCUAUCGUGAAGACUUCAGUACCAAAUCCGACUGGGAGUCAUUUAACGCACAACUAGGAGAGAUUAUUCAAGAUUGGAAUUUAUCCGCCCCAGACAAGGGUCCACCACUCAAGAAAGACCAACUCUUCAAUACCAAUUGGAACAUCAAAACCGAGACUUUGAAGUUGGGCAAGAAAGAAUUCAUUGUCAGUUAUUAUCAAGCUGAAAUCCCGGAGGAUGAGACCAAGGAAUCUACGAUCCCGGAGCAACCACAACUAUUCUCUGACCUCACUUGUCUCGAGAAUACAUUCUGUCCUUCGGACACUAAUGACACUCAUCUUUUGGCCAAGUGGUAUGGCUUGAGACGUUUUAUUUUGGUGGAGCAAGCUCAUGGAUACAUCUCUAAUACAAAUGACUGCAGCUUCUUUUUAAGCUCGGCCAAUGUCGUCGCAGCGGAGUCAAACUCAGCCGUUCCCAUAUUCAUUCCGGUCUUCAAUCCGUCAUGGAACUUCUUCCUCGGAUCUUGGGUUGGCCAAUCCGUGAGGAUCAACUUUGAUGUUGUGGCUUUGGAAAAUGCUCUACCCUCAUGUCAAUACCUUUCUGGACUGCUGAACCUUUUCAAGGAGAAGCGAAACGGAGGCUCUAAUCGGCCAGCUACGGUGUCGGUUCGUCAAACUUACGCUCUAGGGAACAUCACAAAGUACACCCACAAAAUGAAGGUUCCAUUUUUUGUCAACCCAGCCGCGGAAAGUGAAUCUCUUUUAGAUGAGACUCCAAUGGAGGGAACUUACUUUGUAGCCCUGCCAUAUGGCUAUUUCAGUGAUUCAAAGACCGAAUUGUUGGUUCAAUGCUGCUGGCCAGAUAUUGCCGAGAAUGUUGCUCUUGACACGGCCAACUACACCGACUUUGUGGCAUCGAAGGCUCAUGCGUGGUCAGUUCGCGCUAAAACCAGAGCCAGAAGCUAUUUGUCAAGUGCUCUUGACGAUUAUUUGGAUCUCCAGAAAAGCAUUCAAACGGUAGAGAGUUAUGUUGGACGGAGUUAUGGCAGUGCCACUGGAGACGAACCAAAUCCCUUGGAUCAACUUACCAAGUCGAAGUUUGAUGUGACUGCUUCGCCCUUCAGGAAAUGGUCACCUCAAAAGAAACUCGCUGGACCCAUCAAGGACGCCGAGUUGUUGCAAAUGAUAAGUUAUAUCUUCCCGGAUAUGCAAGCAGAAGCUUUGUUUCCAUAUUCCAAGAAUGCCAAGAACAAGUUCGAUCCACUCCGUAUUAAGUCAGCAGGAUGUGAUUCUUUGGUUGCGAGGUUGAGUUGUUUGUUGGCCACUUGCAAUGCACAUUUUGGUGGUAAGAGUGGAAUGGCUCAGCUCUGGGCUAACUUUACUGAAGAACUACGAUAUCGAUUGGAUAAUUGUUUGCAAAUACCUGGGAUUGCUUCAGGAUUUCCUGAUAUGCGCACAUGUCUUUUGCAUCAAAAACUUCAGAUGCUUAAUAUUUGCAUGGAAAGACGUCGUAUUCGGGAGUGUGGUAUGCCAUUUGCAUCCUCUGAAGGUGAGGCGGCGGUCUCAGUUCUGAAUCCAGAAGAUGAGACCCAAGAAGACGAAGCAACUGAUGAUGAGUUCUUCGAUUGUUCCGAUGAAGAGUCAACAAGCAGUGGACCUUCGAAGCCUCAAGGAAGAAAGUCUAAAUUGGGAGAUAUGAAGUUGAUUGAUUCCGAUGAGUUCUUGUAUGUUCCAGCUACACAAGAUCCCGUACCGAAGACUGAAGAUCAGCUAUUGGAUGAUGCUGAGGUUAUGUUGAAACUUGGACCUGGUUCUGGACUCUCAACACAAAUGAUGUGUUCUUCUCUAAGAUCUGAUAUGGAGAGUUUCAAGGCAGCAAACCCAACUGCGAAGAUAGAAGACUUUAUAAGGUGGUAUAGUCCACGCGACUGGGAAGAGGAAAUUGAUGAGGAUGGUAAAGUGACUGCAAAACUAAGCACAAGAAUGACAGCUCCCGACAAUACUUGGCAGAAUGUCUGGAAACAAGCUCAACCAAUUCCGGCUUAUCGACAGAAACGACUUUUUGAUGAUACGAAUGAAGCUUUGAAGGUCCUUCACUAUUUGGAAACUCGUACCAUUGGUGAACUCUACGAACUCACAGUUGUAGCACUUCUGCAUUCCGCUGUUUUAAAGCUAAAGGACAUCGUCAUGUAUUCCAAUAUUCUCGAAGCAUUCAACAAUCAAAUCGAAGAAAUCCUCUCUGAUCUGUGCAAGUUAUCCCGCGACAACGAUCAAAUUCCAGAUGGUUCAGUUUUCGAGCUUUUGAGAAAAAUCCAAAAUCUCGAGACAUCACUAUUUCAAUACAAGAAUCUCGAAAAACUCUUCCCCCCUCAAAGUCCACCAAACGAAAAAGAGAAGAAGAUCAUGGUUUUAUCUUUGGGAGGUGAUGAAGUUCUACUGCCAGGAGCAUCUAAAAAUACCUUCGCACGAAGAAUUCUUGAGAAAUAUCGUUUGGAAGUGGGUUCUUCAGACAGUGGAAAGGUCCUUCCGGAUCCAGCAAGCAAGGAGUAUGUCAUUCGUCUUGAGAGUGAAUCUUCUUCUAGUGGACCACAAUUCCUGCGAGCUAUAUCCAGUGGUUCUCGUAUAAGACUUUGUGGAGCAUUCUCUGAGAAUACGACCUUCGUUUAAGUUUUUUGUUGUUUCAAUUUUAUUUUUAGCUUAAAAAUGUAUUCCUCUUCUAUUUCUUAAAACUAUGUAAUGGUGAUUGGUUGGAAAUAAAACUUAACUUGAGACAAAAACUAA